AUGGCGGACAGACUACUCCGUGCUCAGUGCGGCCUGUACACCGCGGCCUUUGUUUGCAGCGUGCUGGCCGUAGUGCCGCUGUCCCAGCACCGUGCGGGAGCUCAGGGCCGCUGCCUGCUCUUCACGGAGGGCGUGUGGCUGAGCCUGAACAACACGCAGGAGCGGGACAGCUUCUCGGUGGAGGAGUGGGGCCCCAGCUCGGCCUGUACCUUCAGCCUCCUCUCCGGACUGCUGUCCCUGCUGGGCUCCGGGGCCCUCGCCUGGCGGGCCGGGCAUGGACUGUGGCGGGGCCGGGAAGACUCUUUGUUUUAUGCCUUCAUGAAUCUGCUGAUCAGUUCCUUUGUGGUUUUUAUCAUCUUUAUUGCCAGUACGAUUGUAAGUGUUGGCUUUAAUAUGUGGUGCAAUUCCAUUACAGAAAAAGGAAGUUUGCCCAGCAGCUGUGAGGAACUGCAGGACAAAGACCUGGAUCUUAACUUAACACACACUUCUUUCUAUGAUCAGUUUGCUGUUGCUCAGUUUGGACUGUGGGCUGCUUGGAUCACAUGGCUAGGAACAACCGUCCUAUCCUUCCUGAAAGUGUAUCAUAACUGCAGACAGGAGGACUUGCUGGACAGCCUGAUACAUGAGAAGGAACUGCUGAUUGGAUCUGCCUCACAUCACUCUGUGCAGGAAGAGAAAAGUGUUUUGAUUUGAUUCCAGCCUUAGGCGAUAGCUCUCAUCCACCACGUAAUGUGUUUACAGCAAAGAUUUU